GAUGCGACUCAUCUGCAUACAAGUAUUUAAGACAACAGCAUACUGUGCAGUGUUCUCAGACGGGAGAUUGAAGAACACAAGACUAAUCUGUUGUAUGAUAUUAAGCAUUUCAUCUGCUUUCAUUUGCUCUUUGGGAUCCAAAUUCACUUCAGGACUUAGGUUCUUCCAGCCUUACAGAAGACCUAAGACAUCAUAUCCUGACAAAUUAAAAUCAAACAACAUGGCGGCAGAGAAAGCAGCAGCAGAAGAACCAAGGGAAACUCUACUGUCACCACUGACAUUAACAAUUACAAUUGUAACAGUUGUAGUAGUAGUUUAUGCAUAUAUUUCAGGAGUAGGUGAAGGAGUAGUCGGAGCAGCAGCUGGAGCAGCAGCUGGAAUUGGCAUUUUACACUCACUGUGGGAAGAAGAAGAAAGAACAGAACUACUAGCCGUUGCAGUAACAGGAGUAACAGGAGGCAUAGCAGGAUUAGCAGCAGCAAUGUUGCGAUCAAUGGUAGCAGAACGUUCACUAACAGGAGCAGCAAUAGUUGGAGCUAGCAGGAGCUGCAAUAGUUGCAAUAGCAAAAACACAAUUACAAUGCGCUAUAAAAAUAAUAAAGCGUUUAAAAGAUGCAUUGAAACUGUUUGUAGGAGUGAGUCUAGUAGCAAUAGCAGGGAGUCUAAUAAAAUGGGUAAAAGAUCUAAUAAAGUCUGCAGUAUCCCAAGUAAAAUCAGCAGCACAAUGGAUUAUAGAAGCAGCAAAAAAAGCAUUCAAUGCAUUAGCAUCAUUUGGAGCAUCAGGAUUAGCACUAACAGCAGCAGGAGUAGUAGCAUCAAUAGCAUUAGCAUCAGCAGCAGCAUCAGGAUUAGCAGCAGUAGGAACAGCAGUAGCAGGUCUAGCAUCUGGAUUAUUUGGAGGAUUAUUGGGACUUGGGUUAGUACUUGCAGCAGGAGCAGCACUUUUUGGAUCAGGCUGGAGAGGACAAUCAAACCAGCAGCAGCAGACCCGAGGAGCAGAUAUGAUGUUACCAAUUGCUGCUUUUUUGCUUUUGCUUUUAUUUUGUUUUCUUGUUACCUCCGUGGGUUUGUUUCGAUGUUGCUGUUUGUUGAUUCUCUUCCUGUUCCUGUGGUUUCUGCUGUGCUACCGCUCUGAAAAUCACUGAUCUUGUUCAUUAAGAAGGCGACCAGUAUGAAAGCCUCAAAAAGGUCUCAAAAACGAAGAUGAAAGAGACUCUCAGGUCUUGUCUCCAUGCAGGGACUUUUUUCAGCCUGCAUUAUUUUGACCUAGUUCUAUUAUUGUGAAUUCAGUGUUCUUCUAUUGUUGUAAGGUCAUUGUUCUGCUACAAAUAUCACUUCUGUGUACUGCUGUGUGUACAUUAUAUCCAACUUUACAUACUAACAUAAAAAGAUAUUUAAAAAGAAA